AUGGCUCUGGUUGCGUAUGAGUUCAGUACUGAUGAAGAGGACAAUGGACCUGAGGAAGAUGAAGAAGCUGUCCAGGUGUUACCCAAGAAAAAGGAAAUUCCCAACGGAAUACCAGCGAAGGAGCAAAAUCAACAAAAUAAACCCAAUCCUGAAGUUCCAGGAAGCUCAAAAGACGUGGAAAAUGGUCAGGAAAUAAGCGAUGAAGAUGAUGAAGCUCCCAGAUCUUCGUCCAGCAGAGAAUCUGAUCUUCAAUUCAAUUUACCAGCUCCAAGUAGAACGACAAAGCUUCCAAUUCCCGAGGAGGAUGAUGAAUUCCUGCGCAUUAAAGCUACUCCAACGGAGAAGCCUCCACCAAAACGGGGCCCCGUGAAGAUAACAAUCCCCUCCUUGUCGCAAUUUAAGGAUCUCGAUGAUACGGAAGCUCCUGUGAAGAAACCCGCAAAGAAGAACACAGGAUGUGGUCUUCUGGACAUCCUCCCUAAGCCUCUGUCAGAGACACUCUUCCAGACAAGCAAAAAUCCAACUCCAGAGAGUAGGAAGAAGCAAACCCUCGUCCCGGAUUCCGUAAUGAAUCGUCACACAAAGCCGAAAAUCCCGCCAAAAGCUGCAAAAGCACCAAAAGCCCAGCAAGUGCAGGAUAAUGACGAUGAGAGUGACGGAAGUGAUGCUGGGGAUGAUUUCUUCAGGCUCAACACAACUGAGGAACUUCCGGAAGUGAGUAAGAACGAACUGAAUGUCCUCAUUGCCAAGAAGGCAGCACAGAUUGCAGCAACAAGUUCGAGAUUUGAGAAGGAAGCUGAAAUUCCCGUGGAAACGAUGCAGGAAGAGCAAGAAAUGAGCGGGAUGGUGGACAGGGAAGGGGCAAUGCUCGAUGAGGAGGCUCUGGAGAAGCUGUGUGGUGGAAGGCGAGCCAAACGUGCCAGGCGAGAGGAAAUAAAUAUCGUUGACAUCAGUGGGGAACAAGUUCUGCCCAAUCAGGAGGAAUGGAUGCGCUCUGCCCUGGCGAAUUCAACGGAAAUGCCAAAAGGGAAACCCGCAGCUGGGGCUGAAGCUGGUGGGAUGAGCAAGAGGAAGCAUCAGAUCACGUACCUAGCGCACCAAGCGAAGGCCAAUGAACAAGAACUUCAAGCUAUGUGGGCGGCUAAUCGGCAAACAAGGAGACAGACGCAGAGCAAGUAUGGAUUUUAGAGAGCCGGAGGUAAGAAGUUUUCGUUGUUUUCUCAAUAAAUUCAUUAAGGAUCAAGAAUUA